UGUACGAUUUUCUUAAUUUCUUCGAUUUAUCGUCUCAAAAAUCUUAAAUUUUCUGGCCAAAUUACUCAGAAAUGGCGGUAAUAAUCACACAGCAAAUGGUUAACGUCCAGAUCUCUAAUAAUCUGACUUCAUUUAUGUCAGAGAAGCGAUUCGAUAAGGGAAUUACCAUCGCCGAAUUAAAGGGGAAACUGGAGCUGAUCACUGGAUGUUCAGCUAAGAGCGUAGAGCUACAGUUACUGGACAAAGAAGGAAACUUGAUAGUCAAGAUGGAAGAUGAUAAUGCCUUAUUUGGAUCCUACCCAGUGGAGGACAACAUGAGAAUACAUGUCAUCGAUAAAGAUCCAACAAAAGUAGCUGGUCAGUUUGAAGAUCUAUCAAAAGUAGAAAAAUUUGAAAUUGGUGAAGAUGAAUACAGUAAAAGGGAAGAUUCAGUCAGAGCUUUUAAGAUGAGAAAUAAAAUUGGUAGAUUUGCCGACCCAAAUCCUGAAGAUGAAGAGAAAAAGAAAGAAAAAGAAAAGCAAGAGCAAGAAGAGGCUGACGCUAUCUCUGUUGGUUCUCGUUGUGAAGUCAGAGUUAAAGGUGGAAUGCCUAAACGUGGAGAAGUCAUGUUUGUUGGAAAGACAGAAUUUAAACCUGGAUAUUSGGUUGGCAUUAAAUAUGAUGAGCCAUUAGGAAAAAAUGAUGGCAGUGUUGCAGGAAAGAGAUACUUCACAUGUCCAAAUAAAUAUGGUGGUUUUGUAAAGCCAAAGGAUGUAACUGUUGGUGAUUUCCCUGAAGAAGAUCUYGGUUUUGAUGAUGAUGAAAUGUAACAACCCAGGCCUUUAUCUUCUUAUAAUGCAUCUGAAUUAUGUUCUAGACUACUAGUUAGGGCUAUCUUCCAACAGAYUAAAUUAAAAAGAUUAGAUGGUUAUACCAUUGACUUUAAUAUAUUCAAUCUGGAACUAUCACAAGUUGAGACAGUUUAAAACUUGCCCAUUUGUGUCUAAUAUUGUGCACAAGAAAAUUAGACAUAUUGAAAAAUCAAACAUGUAGCAGAACAAAACUGCACUGUCAGUUGUUCUGAGGUUACAAGGUUUGAGUUGGUACAUCUCAUGGUUACAUAACUAAUUUUGACCAACUGUUGAUCAUUGUAAAUGAGAGGACAUACCACGCUAAACCAUCACAGGUAUAUUUUACUACAAAAUCACAGAAAGCUACGAAACCAGGAAAGAGUCUGAAAGAAAAACAGUUUCAAGUGCGUGUUGGCUCAGUGCRCAAGUGAUUUGCAGAAGUAAUUUGUUGGUAUGUCCUCCUUUUGAACAAUCGAAAAGAGAGAAAAUUUACAUUCGUAGUAAAAUGACCUUUGACCAUCAUUUGCUGAUGUAUAAAUCAUGGAAAAUGAA